AACAAAUACAAUAAGUAACAAAGGACAAUUGAUAACAUAAUAAAUGAAAAUAUAAAAUCAAAUUAAUAAUUUGUGUUAGAUAUAUUUAAUUGCUUUAAAAUGAUAUUUACUUUAAAUGAAAUAGAACAUUGGUUGGGACUGACUAUUUUUGAAAUGUGGAUAAAUUUAGUUUCAUUAGCAAUUUUCUCAGUGUUACUAGCUCUUAAAUUGGACGAAAAUUAUUUCUUGGGCAAUACAGGAUGGUGGAUAGUGUUCUCACCACUUUUUGUUGCUGAUGGUCUGAAUGCUUAUUUUUGUGCAAUUAUUUUCAUAAGAAUGCAUAUGGAAGGAAUGGCGAAAGCUGCUGUUUUAAGAGGAUUAUGGAGUCUCACAUUGUUGAUCCUAAUAUUUGUUUUUAAAUAUCUCCUGUGUAGAAAGCUAUCAGGACAAAGUCUUUUAGAAUAUUCAGAAGUUACGAGCCCCCUAUUUAUUUUUUUGCAAUUAAUUGCAAUUAGGGCAUGUCAACUUCAUUAACUCCUAUAGCGUAUUAUUACAUACAUAAAGCCAUAACAUACUUUUCAUCAUAAUCCAUUACCAUAUGUAUACAGACAGAAAAUUUAUUUAUCAUUUUACUAUCUCUAACAAUUUAUUAUUAAAGUAAAUAAACUUAUAAUGUAUAAUAAAAUAUCUAACAAAUAAAUUUAGUUGUAGAAAAUACAAUGUAAAUGUAAUAUUCUAAUAAAGAAUUGUUUAAUGCCUAA